UUUUGCCCUGCUACAGUAAAGUGGAUAGGGGCUUCAUUUCAUAAACCGGCAGACGGAACAGUUCAAUUCCAUUGCACCUUUUCGAUUGACGCCUCCUCUUCUGAAUAUAUACCCUAGUGGGCAUAUCGAACUCUCUAUUCUUCGAUCCCAUCGUUCCCGCAAAUGUGAAAAGGAAAAGGUUUUCUUCUCUACGUUUCGACAGCUGACCUGAGAAGAUACAUCGGGAGGUAAAAAAAUUUAAAGGCCUCAUCAUUGUGGAAGCAGGCUUGAUCCAAUUUACAUGGCAAUGGAACAAAACUUGACAUUGAAAACCUACAUGGCUAUCAUGGCUGAGAGGGACGCUGCUAUUAGAGAAAAGAAUAUGGCACUUGACGAAAGGAGAAAGCUAUUUGCUGAGAGAGACAUGGCAAUGCUGCAGAGAGACGCAGCUAUCUCCGAAAAAGAUUCUGCCAUAGAAGAACGGGACAAAGCUAUUUCUGCCCUUCAAAUUCGCGAGAGUUCCAUGAAUGAGAAAAAUCUUUCUGGAGAAGGAACAAAUGACAUUUACCACUACCCACAACAGAUGCAGGACGUACCAUGGCUAGCUGAAGCUGCAUAUCAUCCAAUCCAAGACGAGCCCAUCCAUAUGUCUUCUGAUAAUAAUAGUGCCAAACCAAAGAAAGGUAAGCAAAACAAAGAAGCUGGUGCAGGUUCAUCAAGAAGGCUGCCUAAUACUAAACUUUUUGAAAAGGGUAACAUGGAAAACACCGAGGAAGGAUCGCACGACUGGGAAAAUGAGCUGGACUUUGGUAGUGAAGAAGAUCAUGAUAAUAAUGAUAAUGAUAAUGAUGAGGAUGAGGAUGAGCUUGAAGAGCGUCAUGCUCUGUGGAGGGAGAAUUCGGGGCUGAACCAGAUUAUGUUUGAUGAGACAGUAAUGCCAUCUCCGAUUUGCACUUGCACUGGCGUGCCACAAGCUUGCUACAAGUGGGGGGACGGAGGAUGGCAAUCUAUCUGCUGCUGUGACAUUUCUCAAUCGCAGACUCCUGGCAAGCGUCAGGCCAGAAUGGAAGGAAGGAAGAUGAAUGGAAGUGUCUUUACACAAGUGCUGAAUCAAUUAGCCUCAGAAGGCCAUGACCUGUCUACUCCAGUUGAUCUCGCCAACUAUUGGGAGAAUUAGCAUACAAACAAUCAAAAAAGGCAAUUGAGAAUCAAUUUGCAGAACAAAGAAGGGUAAUAUGAUGUAUGUAUACCAGCAGACAGAUAGUCGAAGGACUAACAAAAAAUUACUUCUUUUUUUUAAAAAAAAAUGGUCGUGAAAUCUCGAACCCAAGACUCUUCCAGUUGAAUUCUGCUUUUUUUCAAAGACCUUUCUAUAGUGAUUUGGGUCUUUUCA